AUGACGGAUAUUAUUCUGAUAUUGGGAUUUGUAAACCUUGUGACUCGAUUUGUUUCACGUGCUGGGGUUCUCCUUCGAAGUGUUUGUCUUGUGAACCAUGGACUUACCUUUCAAAUUCGACUUGUCUCACUUGUGAUGCAAAUUGUGAGACAUUUGGGUGUCACACGACUUUGGGAUGCACGAAUUGUAAACCAGGAUACUUCCCAAAGAACCUUAAAUGUAGCCAAUGCAGUGAAAUCGCAAAUUGUGUUACUUGCAGCCAAACUGAACAAAAGUGUACAACUUGUACAUCUGAAAUUUCAUAUGUCAAUUCAAAUGGGUUGUGCUUACCUUGCGACGGGACAUGAUGAACUUGUAACAAUGAUGGAACAUGUAACGGGUGUAUUGAGAAUUAUGUACCAUAUUCGAUCUACAAUGGAUCAUGUCAGGCUUGUUCUUCUUUUGACCCCAAUUGUAAUUCAUGUGACUUUAAUCAAUUUAGAAUAUGCACACAAUGUAUAG